AGUGGCUGAUCAAGUCGCUGUCUGUGUGGGAACAUGGCAGCUGGCACCUCUGGAGCUCUUCUCUCAACACUCCCUCCCAAUGGAAGUUUGGCCAUCAACAGGGUCCAAAUAACUGAUGAAGAAAGCAAGACUCGGAUCUCUGAAAUGCCCUCUCUAACCAAACUCACAUGGCUGGAAAAUGACAGAGGCAUGACUUGAAUCUAUCUCCUAACUUCUGAUCCAGUGGCUUCUUGCUCAUUUCAAAAUUCUGGACAAGGCUACUUUCUGGUAGAAAAGCUCUCUCUGGAUUUACUCCCAUCUACUCAGAGGUACUACCAUCUUCUUUCUAGCCUUUUGCCUACAAUCUGGCAAGAGAACACCACAAUUUGCCAUGCUCUGGCUUUUGAGCAACUUGCUCUGGACCCCUCAUUUUCACCAAUAUGAUCUCGCACACAGUCAACCCAAAGUAGUCUUCUUUUUUUUUUUUUACUGUAACUUUUGGUGUGCCAAAGAAUUCCAUCUGAGUUUCAGAGCUUCCCACUCUUGACUCAGUGUGGCUUUGGAGGGUCAGGACUGUUGUGCAGCUGUGUUAAAUAUAAGUUCUGUAACUAGGGAGGCUGACAAUUCCUUCGGUUUUCUGUCAUGGCUAUUAAUUUGCUGCAGCUCCUGCUGGAUGAUCAGAGGCUCGGCUCAAAACUCCCACUCCUGCCUCACCGAGGUUUCACUGUCAAGGAGUUUGGUAACUUAGAAACCUCUUCGUUAAUAACUUUGACAAGGAAAGUCAUGCGUCCCCACAUCUCUCCCCUGGAAUAUUUUUAACAGUGAGAUUUGAAUAUGUACGUGCCUGUACUUUCUAUACCUUUUUGGUGUUCUGUAAUUAGCUUUGUUCAGGGGGUGUCUUAUUCAAGACACCCUGGUCAUAAGAUAACAUGACAGAGAGCCCCCUCAGAGCCAAAGCCCCAUUAUGACUAAUCCUGAAGCCCACUCACAGUUAUUUAGAGACUAACACCUCCUUCAGGUAAAGCCGCUCCAUCUAACCUUCUUUCAUAAUCUACUGCCGCCUCCUGCCUGCCUUCAACAACCAUCUGUUACUCAGAGGGAACACCAACUUUCCAUGGCAUCUAUCAGUUUGGCAAAAGGACCUUUCUUCACUGUGACAUGAAUUAACAGAUCCAUUUCCCACCUGGAUUGUACUUCACCCCCAACACUUCUGACUAGAUCUACUUCACUUGAAGAGGAAGUGUGGCAUUCUCUACUUUGCUCCAUCUUUGCUUUCUCGGUAAUGAAGUUUGUCUCCAUCCUUGCGGUCCUCUUCUUGCCCACCUUGACCCACAGCAACUUCUGGCAGUUUGGAAGGAUGAUCAAACUCAUGACUGGGAAGAGCGCCUUCUUCUCUUACUAUGGCUAUGGCUGUUACUGUGGCCUGGGGGGCAGAGGAAAUGCAGUGGAUGACACGGACAGGUGCUGUAAGGACCACGAUUGCUGCUAUGCCGAGUUGAAGACCUGCUGCGGCUGUCAGCCUAUGUUUAGCACCUACCAUUUCCACGUUGUCAAUGGAAGUGUGAUCUGCUAUGGUGGCAGGAAUAGUGGGAGCCGCUGUGGGUCAAUGGCCUGUGAGUGUGACAAGAGAUCCGUUCACUGCUUCAAAGAGAACCUUCCCACCUACAAGAAGAAUUACCAGUUCUACAGUUAUUCCCGAUGUGGAGUGCACAAGGCUCCGUGCUAAGAAGAGGCCAGGACGUAGUGCUACCCCACAACAGACUAGAGACUUCUUAAAACUCUGCACAAGACUCACUUCCAGGAAAACUUCCCAGAUUAAGCUCAGCACACGCAGAUAUUUGGACCCACAGAUGAUUAAAGCAUUGAAUUUACCAUAGAAUGUUAGAGCUAGAAGGGUCCCUUAGAACCUAGAAUGUCAGAGCUGGGAAGGACCUUAGAAUAUAGACGAUCAGAGGUAGCAGGGGCCUCGGAGCACGGAAUAUUCUAACAGAAAGGACCCUUAGAACCUAGACUGUCAGAGCUAAAAGGGACCUUAGAAAUCACCUUAAGUUGCGUGAGGAUUUGUGUUGAAGGUACUCUUGUGGGUCGGCACCCCACUGUAGCCACAGCUCACAAGUCCCCACUGGUGUGUUUACUCUUACCAGCCAACUAGAGGACACAUUGAUGCAAAGUGAAAAAAAACAUUGCAACAAACUAUAUUACAAAUAAAGUGAAAAGAAAACAUUCUCAAAACAGACACAGGUAUACUCCUCGCAGCUACAAAUUUACCAACAGUUCUACUGGGGUCGGUAUACAUGCAGAGAACACACGUGAUCAGGGAAUCGGCAUGGACACGCAGCUAGGAUGCUUCACACUGGCAUCAUGGCAGAAUUGCUAAUGCCCACCAGUGAUGUGAUCAGGCCUCUCCUUGCUGGGUAUCAAAUGCCUUCCCUUCAUCGUGGUGCUUUGGCUGGGCGAUGAAUCCAUUGUUACUUUCCCUUGGAUUAUCUCUUCUGAAUAUCUCCUCUGGUCUCUUGGUUGCUGAGCUGCUCCCUGUUAUGAUCUGCUGGGCUAUAGCAAAUUAAUCUUUUCUCAGGGACAUCUGCUGACAUUUACUGAGGUGCUGUAGCUAAAAAAUCUCUCGCUGUCAGGCAAUGCUACAGCUCUUGAAUGUAUAAUUUGAGGGUUAUGAACCACCAGAUCCAUGUAGGCAGCCAACAAAAGCUAGCAGAAUGCCCCAGAUUAAAUUUAUUCUUUUGUUCUUUUUCUCCAAGUGUGAACUCCGGGUACUUGAUCCCAGAAACUCUCUGAUUUAGAGUUAGAAAAUUUCUUUUAAUGUCCAUUAAAUCCUUGAUGUUGAGCCUAAAUCUCUGUAGCCCAUUAUGGAAUUCAGUUCCACCUUUCUUCUCCUUCCCCCAAAUCCUCUAGAGUUGUAAAGAGGGCAUGCAUGAGUGAUGAGACUCCUCUUACUCCCUUACUCUGAUUUACAGGCAAAUGAAGCGACAGACAGUAACAAAAUUCAUUUGAAGGGAGCAGAUCCAUAGCCUCCACCAUGUUUCAUACUGCUGCCUUUGUUAGGGACGUCUCCUGGUUAUAAAAGUGCAGUUACGUGUUGGAUUAUAAUGUAGCUCACCUCUUUGAAACCUAAGGCAAUGCAAUGGCUUAUUUGAAAUUACAUAGUAUAAAUCGGGGAGAAAGCUGUUAAGACUUGAAUCCAGGUCUCCUCGUUACUAGUCCCUCUAGAAGGAAGAUGUUUUAAAAGAUCCUUUAUCAAAUUAGAGUUUUCAUGAUUCAUUGAAUCAAGAGUAGGACAGCCCUUCACUAUAUGAUUUCCUAUCUUACCCCUUCAAUUUUCUAUCCAUUGUGGGGGCAAAAAGGUCCCCUUCACCCUGAAACUGCAACUUCAAUGUAGGACUCCCAGGAUUUAAUAUCAGACCUCACUUAGAGGUUCCAGGGAGGAAAAAGAGGCCCACUCAUCACUUGAUAAAAGAUUCAAAGCUAAAGACUUUAGAGACCACCUAUUCCAUUUGACAGAUGAGAAGACUGAGGCUUAGAAAAUAUAGAAACUUUGUUUAUAUAAAAUGAUAAGAUCUGGGA